GUGACUUACUGGUGACACGCUCAUUGCCUUCAUUAGGGCUCAUAUUUACGAGCAUCUAUCAUUAGAGGAACAGCCAACAGUGUUUCUGCUUGGAGUUUUAUGAAGCACGGAUUGUCACUUUCCAAUUAUCUGUUGCCUUUUUACGGUGUCGACAUCAAGUGUCGAAGCACAUAGGAAAGGAGUUUGUAAUUGACUGUUUGCAGCGGGGAACGAAUGUGUACUCCAGUCAAAUCAAUGGCACCUUGUGGCUUAGAAGCCUUGCACCUCCUCUCUACUCGAGGUGGUUUCACGUCCCGCUUGCAUGACAACACUCAACUAGGAUCCACUGGAGAUGUCGUGCCCGAUAACUUGCCGUCUGUACCAGGCACCCUCCCCCACUUCCUCCAGGAACCAGAGGACGCCUACAUCGUGAAGAGCAACCCCAUCAAGCUGCGCUGUCGGGCCGUACCGGCCUUGCAGAUCUUCUUCAAGUGCAACGGGGAAUGGGUCCAUCAGAAUGAGCACACGUCUCAAGAGCACAUGGAUCAGAACACUGGGUUGAAGGUCCGGGAGGUGAUGAUCAACGUGUCCAGGCAGCAGGUAGAGGACUUCCACGGCCCGGAGGACUACUGGUGUCUUUGUGUGGCCUGGAGCCACCUGGGGACCUCCAAGAGCCGCAAGGCCACUGUGCGCAUCGCCUACCUCAGGAAGAGCUUUGAGCAGGACCCCCAAGGGAAGGAAGUGCCAAUCAAAGGGAUGAUCGUUCUUCACUGCAGACCCCCGGAGGGAGUGCCUACGGCAGAGGUGCAGUGGUUGAAGAACGAGGAGCUGUUGAGCUCCCUGACGGACGACAACAUCGACACGCGGGCCGACCACAACCUGAUCGUCAGCGAGGCGCGCCUGUCUGACUCGGGGAACUACACCUGCUUCGCCAGCAACAUCGUGGCGAAGCGGCGAAGCGCCACCGCCACCGUGGUGGUGUUCGUGAAUGGAGGAUGGUCUCUGUGGACAGAGUGGUCCUCCUGUAACGCGGCCUGUGGGCGGGGCGUGCAGAAGCGCUCUCGCACCUGCACCAAUCCCGCCCCUCUCAACGGGGGUGCGUUCUGCGAGGGCAUGUCCGUACAGAAGAUCACCUGCAAUGCCCCGUGCCCAGUAGACGGAGGCUGGGAGGAGUGGAGCGAGUGGACGAGGUGCAGUAGCCAGUGUGACAGGCAGCGGAGGCGAGAGUGCGACGCUCCAGCGCCCAGGAACAGGGGCAAGAUGUGUGAAGGCGACAGCGAAACCACCGAAAACUGCACCGGAGGAAUGUGUACACAGAAUCGAAAGCUGCUGCAUGACGUAAAACCUCAAAGCAUGGAGGGCUCCAGUGAGGUGGCAUUGUACUCGGGUCUCGGGGCGGGAGCUGUCGCCAUGGCAGCGUUGGUGGUGGCCUUCAUGCUGUACAGGAAGAGCCAGAGGGAGUACGGCGUGGACGUCAUCGACUCCUCCGCGCUUUCCGGAGGCUUCCAGUCGUUCAACUUCAAGACCACCCGACAAGGAAACCCACUGCUUCUCAACCCGGCGAUGCAGCCAGACUUAACAGUGGGCCGGACAUACAGCAGUCCCAUUUGCUUCCAGGACUCCAUAGACAAAGAGCUCUUUGACCCCCUGCCCGACAUCAAGGUCAAAGUUCAGAGCUCCUUUAUGGUUUCACUAGGUGUGGCCGAGCGCGCUGAGAUCCACGCCAAAGGCCUUCCGGAGACCUUCCCCAGGGGGCUCGGCCGAGACCAGGGCACCGUGGAGAGGCGCAGCACCAAGAAGUGUGUGCUUGCCCCCAACGGGCCCUUCGCCCCCGCCAAAGACCAGAUGAAGACAACGGGUGUGUUCGGACAUCUGGGUGGUCGGCUGGUGGUGCCAAACACAGGAGUCAGCCUGCUGGUGCCCCAUGGAGCUAUAGCGGAGGAUACCUCUUGGGAGAUGUACAUGGUGAUAAAUCAAGGCGAAGCCAGUGUAAAUUCAGAGGGAGGCUGUGAGGUUCUGCUGGGACCUGAGGUGACGUACGGACCUCCGGGACUGGAACUUGAUAGUCCGCUGGCCAUGACGAUAGCUCACUGCUGCGAAGUGAACCCGGAUAACUGGAACAUCCAGCUUAGGAGGAAAACAGCGCAAAACAUGUGGGAGGAAGUGAUGUCAGUCGAGGAUGAGUCAACAUCUUGUUACUGUCUAUUGGACUCCGCCAGCUGUCACCUGCUGCUGGGGCAGCCUGGCUCCUACGCCUUGGUUGGGGAACCUCUCACGGAGGCAGCCGUGAAGAGGCUGAAGUUGGCCGUGUUUGGUGGCGCGGGGGCCAGCUCCACGGGCUACAGCCUUAGGGUCUACUGUGUGGAUGACACGCCGCACGCUUUUCAGGGAGUGGUCUCCACAGAGACGAGCAGAGGUGGUCAGCUCCUUGAGGAGCCCAAGAUGUUGCCUUUCAGAGGGAACACCUUCAGCCUCCAGGUGUCCAUCCAGGACGUCCCCCAGUUCCUGUGGAGCAUUAAACCCUUCACCACCUGUCAGGAAUUCUCCUUCCCCGAAGUGUGGUACAGCAACCAGAAGCCCCUGCACUGUGCCUUCUCCCUGGAGAGAUACAGCCCCACCACCACCCAGCUCUCCUGCAAGAUCAGCGUGCGCCAGGUCAAGGGUCACGAGCAGAUUCUGCAGGUCUACACGGCCGUGGCAGAGAGUGAAAAGGAAUCCAUCCCGUUUUUUAUGCAGACAGACUGCACCAUCACCUCCCAGACUGGGCAUAAGGCCUUCAAAAUCCCCCUGUCCAUCCGCCAGAGGAUCUGUGCCACCUUUGAUACUGCCAACGCUAAGGGCAAGGAUUGGCAACUCUUAGCCCAGAAACUGCAUUUGGAUAGAAACCUUCCCUACUUUGCUAAACAACGUAGCCCUUCCGCUGUGAUCCUGAGCCUGUGGGAGGCCCAGCACCAAGACUCUGGGGACCUGGACUCUCUGGCGAGUGCACUGGAGGAGAUCGGGAAGACCCACUCCAGAGGCCCUGCUAAGGUCGAGGAGCAGCACCAAUCAGACUCAAAUCCCCUCGGACCAGAAAGCCCCGCCAACGUUUGUGGCGUGGCUGAGUUUAACAACCCAGAGACUACUAUUAACCCUGUCCCGGAAUGUACUGGCUGAAGAACAGGAGGUAAGGUAGUGUAAUCCCUGGUCACAACUGAAACCCAACAGGCGACACAUGAAUCCCAUCCGUGUGUGCAUGUGUGGCCUGACAGCACUUGUUAGUGCAGCAGGGGGUCCACGGGAUGUCGACACGUGGAUGGAAACGGCUUCGAAAUCGAGAGAGGUCUGAAAUGGUGUGGUACCCUGGAACUGCCCGCCCUCCAUUUGAAGAAUCUGUCUGGGGAUGGACUGUAAAUCUAUUUUGCUUUUAUCUGUUCCGGCUACCCUUCACAUAAAGUUGUUGAAAAAUCAUUUUCUGCUCUUAGGAUCAGUAUAAAUCCCUUGUGCACUGUUGAGCCCACUCUAAAGAAUGCUUACAACAGAAAUGACUGCCAUCGCUCCCCCCCCCCCCCCCAGGGUUAGUCACUUCCCUCCGCUGUCCUCCUACCCACUCACACCCCCACCUCCCCCCCAUUCCCCACUACCCAUAUGGUAUAUGGCAUAUGGUAAGUCCCUAUUUGCAUAGUAGGUCAGGAGUUUUUGAUCCCUACAUGGGAGACAAGUCUCUAAAUAGGAGACACAUUUCCAAGAAGCUUUGGAGUUGAUCACAGUUUUUUUGAAACCCAAGGUUCUUUUUGUGGUGUGUGUUGGCGUAACGUUGUAGGAGUGGGCUCACGGGGACACAGUGGUGGCCAAGUGGGACUCCCUCUAUCUGUAAGGAAACGCCUGGGUGGUGAUGGAUAGCUCUCGGUGUCCGACCGCUGCCCACAGUGUGACAGGUCUGGGUUGGUCUCUGAGCAAGGGGGACGCUGGAGGAGCUGUAAAACAUCACUCACUGGCUCUGCUCCACAUGUAUCACUGCAUCUUAUCACCCGAUUCCAACCAUUAACACCUGUCAAAAGGCUGCAUAUCUCCCUGCCACACACCGAAUCCCGACGGAGCCAUGGCACUUCACAGCUGCACAGGACAUGAGAGGGGAUGGAGUUUGUCACAGUACAGAGACUUCACUGGCAAGCAGGCCCAUGAAAUAUCCUGGACGAGGAUGUGUUCUAAAUGCUAACGAGAUACUGAAGUAGCACACUGCUAUAACAAAAAAUUAAAAAAAAUUAAAAAAAGGUUUUCUAAUAUCCCCUCCUAAAUUAUGUAUGGACAUUUUUUUCAUCUCUGAGUGCAGAUCAUUAAAGGCCCUUAAAUAUUUGUCUGUUUAAAAUAGUCUCAUUUUACAAAAUCUUGUGCUUUCUGUAUUGAUUCGAAUCCUUAUGCAAUCAACAAUUAUAGUUCCAGACCCAUUUCCGGAUUUGAUCUAAGUGCUGCUGUCAUCAGACAAAGAUCCGAGACAAUGUUACAUUGUGUUGUCCUAUACUUUCAUUUGAUUCUGACGUCAUUAAGUGUUAUCUGUGUUCUGAGGAUUAAUGAAUUCCCAUCAUGAUAAUCAAACUGAUAGAAGACACAGAAGAGUGACCCUGAUUAUCUUAAAUAUGAUUGUUUCCCUUGAAACGGAAUUCUCAUUCCCUGUAUUAUGAGCAAGAUGAUAACGUGUGCUAAUGUUAUACUAAUCAGUGGCUGAUGUUGCAUCGUAAACAUUUGUAUGUGGAACGCCAUCUUCUAAAAACAGCACUCCCAAAUCAUUAUCGGUGUAAAACUGCCAUGUCUAUUAAUGAUCAAGCUAGUAAACGUGAAUCUUCAAUUAACAUACGUGAUGUGGACCACCAGGUUUCAAAACCUCAAGACCCACCAACACUUACACAUUUCUCUUAUGCUUUGGUGUUAGACUGAUGUUGAAUCACAGGCAGAACAGUGUUUCCUGUCAGACCCCAGGUCUCUUGACCGCCGAGCUGGGCUGUACGGUACUAAAAGGUCUACCCUGACGACUAUCAGCCUAGCUCAUUUUAGUGUCGCGCAUGGCCUUCUGCUUCAUAUCACUAUUCUUGUGCCUUGUUUAACUACUGUAAUUGAUGAAUGUUGUAAAGUACAGAUGGGGCUGGACAAAAAAAUAAGAGAAACAAACUAAAUCAUACAAACAUGCAUUAAAAAAAGUAUUAGUUCAUUAUAAUACUGAAUAGGCUGCAGAGCUUUUCUAGUGCUAAACAUAUGUUUGGUAAUGCAAAGGCAGCUUUGUGGUAUAUUGUAUCUAUAAUUAUGGACAUUUUGGAUGUUUUCUGUACAGUAGAAUUUGCAAAAUGUAUAUGCAGCCUUUUGGAAAUAAAUGUACAGCUAAAACAUG